GUGGGCAGGCUCUGAAUAAAGUAGCUGUGGUCGGGGUUUGUGCUUGGUGUUUUUAUCGCAGGGGCUGCUGGGAGUUCGGGUCAGAGGCGAGCGUCCGAGGUAGUAAUGGCCGUGUUGGAGAGCGGGGGACUCGGCCAGGGGCUGCUGUGUUUUUACCCUCACGGUUUUAACUCUGUAACACUGUAAGCGGCUCUUUUAUUACCGAGUCUGCUGUCGAGGAUCCGCGAUUAAACCCUCAGCUAUAUCGCCAGGCCGCCGCAGACAACAGAGCUCCGCCAUCUUCAGCUCCCCGCGAUAAACCCCAGCGGCUCGCUGUGUCUCUUCGCCCCGGCCGCGGCGCGCAGGGGGGCGGCCUGUCUGAGUAAUGCUGCCGCUCCUCCCGCAGCGGGAACAUGGAUGAGAAGUCCGGCUCCAGCCGCCUGCUGGUCGCUCUCGUCACCGUGCUGCUGUUCGGCGCCAUCGUGCUGCAGUACGUCUGCCCGGGCUCCGACUGCCAGCUGCUCCGCCUGGGCUCCUCCGGGGCCGCGGGGGACGGAGGCUCGGGGGCCGGUGGGGGAGGAGGCGGGUCAGGCGCCUCCGGGGCUGCGGGCGCCGGGGACCCGUACGUGGCGGAGGACGGUGCCCUGGCGCGCUUCGUGCCGCGGUUCCACUUCUCCGCGGCGGACCUGGACCGGGUAGUGGACUUCAACAUCAAGGGCGACGACGUGAUCGUGUUCCUGCACAUCCAGAAGACCGGCGGCACCACCUUCGGCCGCCACCUCGUGCGCAACAUCCAGCUCGAGCGGCCGUGCGAGUGCCGCGCGGGACAGAAGAAGUGCACGUGCUACCGGCCGGGCAAGCGCGAGACCUGGCUCUUCUCGCGCUUCUCCACCGGCUGGAGCUGCGGGCUGCACGCGGACUGGACCGAGCUCACCAACUGCGUGCCCGCCGUGAUGGGCAACCGGGAGCCCGUGGAGACGCACCGCACAGCGCCAAGCAGAAAUUACUACUACAUCACCAUCCUGAGGGACCCCGUCUGGCGCUACCUGAGCGAGUGGCGGCACGUCCAGCGUGGAGCUACCUGGAAGGCAUCCCUCCACAUGUGCGACGGUCGGGCGCCCACCGUGGCGGAGCUGCCCAGCUGCUAUCAGGGAGAUGACUGGUCGGGCUGCUCGCUGGAGGAGUUCAUGGCCUGCCCGCACAACCUGGCCAACAACCGGCAGACCCGCAUGCUGGCCGACCUCAGCCUCGUGGGCUGCUACAACCUGACGGCCAUGAGCGACAGCCAGCGCGGCGCCGUGCUGCUGGAGAGCGCCAAGCGCAACCUGCGGCGCAUGGAGUUCUUCGGCCUGACCGAGUACCAGCGCAAGACUCAGUACCUGUUCGAGCGCACCUUUCGCCUGGCAUUCAUCGCACCGUUCACGCAGCUGAACGGAACCCGGGCCGCCAGCGUGGAGGUGGCGACGGAAACGCAGCAGCGUAUACGUGAGCUGAACCGCUGGGACGUAGAGCUGUAUGAGUACGCGCGGGACCUUUUCCUGCAGCGCUUUCAGUACGCGCGACAGCAGGAGCGGCGCGAGGCCCGCCAGCGGCGACAGCAGGAGAGGCGCAGGCUGCGUGCCAAAGUGCUGCCCUGGUGGGGAGGUCCGGGGAAGGGACCCAAACCCACUAAACAAUCACCAGUAAGACAAUCUGUGUCCACUAGACCUGCUGAGCCAAAACAGGUCGAAACUGAGAAAAACCAGGAGAACGAGGGGGAGUUAGAGGACCUGUGGUGGGAGGAGGAGAACGACGAGAACGACACCAUUGAGGACUAUACAGAAAACGUGGAACAAUGGUGACGAGCCACAGACAAUUCAGGAAAAGCAUUAGAGGACAAACAUUGCCAAUGCCACCCUAAAGGUCACGGGUGCAGUUUUCUACUCUGUAACAACUCCAAACACUACUGUGUGUUCUACAUUAGUACACAUUAAAAAAAAGCCUGAACUGUGUGUGUUUUGUAACGGAUGCAAGUACAACUUGAGUGAACUUCGCUAAUGUUUCUGGAUGCCAUACACACCACUCAUAUGUGUCAUUCAUGUUUGUCCAUGUCUCUGAAAGUCUUAAAAACUUAAAUCUGUGAUUCUGUAUAUAAAAAAGGCUGUUCAAUCAAAGAGCUUUUUUUGUUUUUUCACGUUUUUUAUUUGGACGUUCACUACAAUGUUGAUUGUGAGUGGCAUUCUGAUGUUUUCUAGCAUUCUUACUGCACUGACGUGUGCCCUUGUGUGUGGUUCAAUAUGAAAUGCCAUAGCAAAUCACACUAUUUGUAAUACCUAACAUAAGCUAUAUUGUAAAUUGUAUGAACAUGUACACAUGCGGUUCUUCUGGGGGAAAAAAAUGGAAAUGGGUCUCUACUCAAAUAAAUUUUUAUAUUAAUUGUAA